CAGCCAGUAGCUGCUGGAAACCCAACCCCAGAGGGAGGGGAAACAAGAAGCGUUCCUUCCUGAGCUACUGAAGGGAUCCUGCGAUUAAAUGCAGACACAGUCGUGGACUGAGUAUUGAACCCAGGGCAGGUCUGAACACCAGCAAUUGGACUAACCCACUCUCAUGUUUUGCAGGGUCAGGCUUGUCAGUUGCUUACCUACGUGGAGCCCUGGCACCAAUCACAAGCUGUGGAAGCUGGGCUGCUUCCUGCCUCAGUGCCCAAAGUUGAGCUGUAGAGGAACCAAGAUGUCUGCCGGUCAGAGUCAGAAAGCUGAGACCUGGGACAAAUGCACCUUACUAGAGCUGAAGGUGCCCUUUGCCAGGACUGAAAUUGGGACCUUUUUCCAAGAGCAACCCAGGAUUGGAAACCAGUACCUAGAAGAUGCUUUUCUUCAGCGUUACUUGAAAACACACCUGCCAUUCCAGGUGCUGGAGAAGGUGAGUCUGGAUCUGGAGAGGUUUGGGGCCCGUGUGGCGGCCGAGAUUGACUCUCUGGGGCGUGAGUGCGAGUUGAAUCCUCCUGCACUGCAGCACUAUGAUGCUUGGGGGCGGCGUGUGGACCACAUUGUCACUUGCCCAGCCUGGAAGAGGAUGAAGGAGAUUGCAGCGGAGGAGGGGCUGAUCGCUGAGGCCUACGAGAGGAAAUACUCCAUCUGGAGCCGUGUGCAACAGGUUGCCAAGCUGUACCUAUAUGCACCUUCUGCUGGCCUCUUCACCUGCCCGCUGGCCAUGACUGAUGGAGCAGCUAAAGUCAUUGAGUCUCUGGGUAUUUCCGGGCCCCUUGCGAAAGCUUUUGGCCACCUGACAUCACGCGACCCCAAGAAGUUCUGGACCUCUGGCCAGUGGAUGACGGAACGCAAAGGAGGCUCUGAUGUUGCUAGUGGCACAGAGUCAGUGGCCAGAGAGCAGCCCGAUGGCACAUAUUGCCUCUACGGCUUUAAAUGGUUUACAUCAGCCACUGAUUCAGACAUGACGCUGACCCUGGCAAGGAUCAUGGAUGCUCAGGGACGUGUAGAACAGGGCUCCAGAGGCCUGUCCCUGUUCUUCUUGGAGGUGCGAGAUAAGGAGGGGAAGCUGAAUGGCAUUGAGGUGCAAAGGCUGAAGGAGAAGCUGGGGACAAGGCAGGUGCCGACAGCUGAGCUGCUGCUGGAUGGAUCCAAGGCACAUCGGAUCUCUGCAGAGGGUCGGGGUGUGGCCUCCAUUGCCAACAUGUUGACCAUAACUAGGAUCCACAAUGUCAUCUCUGCAGUGGCUGGCAUGAGGAGGAUGAUUAACCUGGCCAGAGAGUAUGCCAGCAAGCGUGUCGUCUUUGGGAAGCUCAUCAAGGACCAUCCCUUGCACAUGCAAACCAUGGCCCGGCUGGAGGUGGAAACUCGAGGGGCCUUUCUCAUGCUCAUGGAGAUAGCCAGGCUGCUGGGAUUAGAGGAGACCAAGAUGGCCAGUGAGCAGGACCUGCAUCUUCUCAGGCUGCUGACGCCAGUUGCUAAGCUCUACACUGGGAAACAGGCGAUUGCUGUUAUUUCUGAGGGACUGGAGUGUUUUGGAGGGCAGGGCUACAUGGAAGACACAGGCUUGCCAGUUGCACUGCGAGAUGCCCAGGUGCUGACCAUCUGGGAGGGAACAACAAAUAUCCUCUCACUUGACGUGCUGCGCUCUCUCACCAAAAGCCAAGGCCAGGUUCUAGAUGCAUUCUGCUCUGGAGUGCAGGGGAAGCUGGAGCUGGCUUCCAGCAUUUCAGAACUGGAAUCUUCUGUGCAGCUACUCCAGGAUGCUCUCCACAGGCUUGGCCAGUUCACUCAAAGAGUUGGCUCAAAGGGGGCAGUUGCGAUGGAGUUAGCAGCAAGAGACUUUGCCUACACUCUGGCAAGGAUCUACACAGGGGCUCUCUUACUCGAACACGCAGCCCAGCCUGAUGCCACCUCCACAGACACUUACACAGCUCAGAGGUGGUGCAAACAGGAUCUCUGCCCCGUAGACCCAGAAGAAAAAGCUGGCUGUUAUGAUGACAAGGCAGCUUCCAUGGAUACCUACUUGGUUUAUGAGGGAAGCCCAGUUUUGAAAGGAAAGCUAUGACUUAACUGAAGCUAACUGAGAAAAUCCAUACCUCACUUUGGAAGAGAAAUUGGAUUAUAAUCCUGGCCAGUGCCUGGUGCGUCCAGUACAAAUUGCAUUUGCUUAUAGUGUGCUUAAUAUUUAGGGUUAUGCUAAACAAAUGGGCUAUGACCAUCUAAGUAUCACCAAUAGUCUCUUUCAGGAGGUGUUGAAAAGAAACAUGCUUAGAAUGUUUUAGGGAAACACCUGGUGGUCAAAUGCAGAUAAUGAAUUUAAUAAGAAGACUCUGACGUGCUAAUGAGUAUUCUUUUCAACACUGAGACAAGGAAACAACCAAAGCUACAUCUGAAGCCUGGUCUAAAACACAGAUGUUGCAGAAGUUUAUAAAAUUGUUUUUUAGCUUUGCAACACCACUUCCCUACCCCCUCUCUCUGAGCCCACACCCUACAUCUGCAAUGCUGCCUCCAGCAGCUGUGUGUCAGUGGAGAGUUCCCCUCCACAAGGGCCUUCUCCACUGGCCUCUUUAGCCACAAGCAUCUGGUUCCAAGGCUGUAGUAUAAAUUGAGAACAUAAGUUCCAUCUACACUGUGAUGUAACCAGGUUUCUCAACCAGGGCUGGCUCUGGCUUUUUUGCUGCCCUCAGCAAAAAAGCCUCCCGCUCUCCCCGACCGGCCGGAGCCCCGGGGGGAGGGUGGCGAGCCUGGCCGCGGUCCCGCUCUCCCCGGGUGAGCGCCGCCCCCCUCCAGGUGCUGCCCCAAGCACAUGCUUGGAGGGCUGGUGCCUGGAGCCGGCCCUGUUCUCAACUCAGCAGUUGCUAAGUGCAAUAGGUCCUACCUGCAGCUGGGUAGGACAAAGAACCAUAUCAUACAUUAAGAUGAAAACUGUAUCUUAUCCUGUAACUAAACCUAUAGCCAAGCUAGCUAACCAUUGUGUAGUAUUUUGGCUAGCGGUGCUUGUGAUUUUCUCUUUAAUUUCUUCCUUGUUACAAAUUUUUGCUUUAACUUAAGAUACUUGGACUUGAACAUGGAGACUCUAAGCUGGGGGCCUCUUGUUGGAGGCCCUGGAAAAUAGGACACUGACCUCUGAGGAAGCUGAGUCUGGAGCAGAUGUAAUGGUUUGAGCACCUGGCCAGAAGAAUAAAGACGAGAUCCUCUUUCCCAGGCAGAGAUGGGUCAGCAUGGUUAUAGGGGGGUGCUUGGUAGAGUUCCAGUUACCCUAGGGAUGGGUCUGAAAGAAGUGGUUACAUUUGAUUAGUGAGGAAGUGUACACAAGGAAUUGUUAAAUAGAAACUUGAUGUUAUUGAGACAUGCAUGUCACAAGACAGCCUCGUGCAGAGAAGUACUUUAGGGCAAGUCUACACUACAAAAUUAAGUCAACCUAAGUUAUGUCGACGUACAGCCAUCACGGUAAUUGAAUCUGUUUUCAUGUCCACAUUACGCUCCUUGUGUCGGCAGUGCACAUCCUCACCUGGAGUGCUUGCACCAAUUUAACUGCCAGUAUGGGACAUAGUGGGACAGUUCCUGACAGGCAGUAACAGUCAAUGUAAGCAACACAAUGUCUACAAUGACACUGCAUCAACCUAACUACAUUGACUUAAGCACUACACCUCUCGCGGAAGUGGAGUUAUUAAUUUGAUGUAGUGGGCGAGUUACAUCGGUGCGAACUACAUUGUAGUGUAGAUGCUUAUAGAGUUAGGUCAAUGUAAGCUGCCUCUGUAGUGUAGACCAGGCCUCAGUGUAUUAGAAGUUGAAUUGUUAAGGUACAGUACUGAGCCAAACUUAUCCCUAUAUGCUGUUUAAAAAUCAAACUUUGGUGAGAUCAAAUACACAAUGUAGUUGAUAAAAUUACAUCAGAAAUGUAAGAUCUAAGCAAUUUUUUUUAUAAUCCUUAUCAAAUCAGUGCAAACAACUUAAAAUGUGAAACCAUUUCUUUGAACAAGAUGGUUGAGUGAUUUGGCUAUUCUGCAAUAAAGGAGUUGAGAAAAGGUUCAA